AAGGCGCCUGCGGUUAACCGCUCGCCGCGUCCUUUGGCGACGUCACAGAGGGGGUCCCUGUGACGCAACGGGGAAGCCCCGUCAGCUGGGCAGGCGGCCCCGGCCCGGAGCCUUCCGCUGCUCCCGCGGGACUGGAGCGCUGGGAGGAGCGAGCUGCGGCGCCCGGUGGACCGCGCGGAACCUCCAGGUGGCCCCAGAAAGUCUACGGAGAGACACGUGUUCGGUGUCAAACGUAACGUCAAGCUCCUGAGAUGAAGUUGGAGGGCGACCGGUUGUCGGUCUGAGCCUUUGCUCGGCGGAGGGUCGGCCGCAGCAUGCUGUCCUUCGCCCUGGGGGUCUUGCUGGGCCUGGCCGCUUGCGUCUCCCUUCUUGACAACGGGCUGCUGAGGACGCCUCCGAUGGGCUGGGAGCCCUGGGUGCGCUUCAAAUGCAACACGGACUGCAAGAGGGAUCCCGAGAACUGCAUCAGUGAACACUUGAUCAAGGCUAUGGCAGACAGACUGGCUGGUGAUGGGUGGAAGAAGCUCGGCUAUGAGUACAUCACGCUGGAUGACUGCUGGGCAGCCAGGAAGCGGGAUGUUGAAGGGAGACUCCAGGCGGAUCCCCAGAGGUUCCCCAGCGGCAUGAAGACCCUUGCUGAUUACGUUCAUUCCAAAGGCUUGAAAUUUGGCAUCUACAGUGACUUGGGCAAUGCCACCUGUGCGGGUUAUCCCGGGACAACGCUGGAUGUUGUUGAGACGGACGCAGAAACCUUUGCGGAGUGGGGGGUUGACAUGCUGAAACUGGAUGGCUGCCACUCCAACUCCUCUCUCAAGGCAAUAGGCUAUCCCAAAAUGAGCAGAGCAUUAAACAGAACUGGACGGCCAAUUGCCUUGUCUUGCAGUUGGCCCGCUUACGAAGGGGGUCUUCCGCCAAAGGUGAAUUACACUUUACUGGGCCAAAUAUGUAACUUGUGGAGAAAUUAUGCUGAUAUUGAAGAUACCUGGGACAGCCUCUUCGGUAUCAUUGAAUGGUAUGGAGAUCAUCAAGACAUCCUGCAGCCUGCUUCAGGGCCAGGAAGGUGGAAUGACCCUGAUAUGCUGAUUGUCAGUGACUUUGGCCUGAGUCACGAGCAAUCGAAGGUGCAGGCGGCACUGUGGGCGAUCCUGGCUGCCCCCUUCUUCAUCUCCUGCAACUUGAGGAACAUCUCAGAGGAGGCCAAGGAUAUCUUACAGAAUCCGCUCCUGAUCUACAUAAACCAGGAUCUGAGGGGGAUUCAAGGCAGACUUGUUGCCAGGAAGCAGAACUUCGAAGUGUGGAAGAGGCCCCUUGUCAAUGGGCAGUAUGCCAUUGCUGUUCUGAACAACUGCACCGACGGGGCCCCUCGCUCCUUUGCCACAACGCUGAGACUUCUGGAUAUCUCGAGCUGCAGAGUGGGCUAUAAGAUCUACAGUGUGCUGGACAAGCUGUUCCUGGGAGCAUAUGCUCUCAGUGACACCCUCAUUGCUAAGGUUCCCCCCACCGGAGUGGUCCUGCUCUUCCUGUACCCGCUGUGCUAACCCAAUCCUUGCGGAGGGUUGCGUUUGGGGAACUGGACCGGCUGCGUCCUCCUUGUGUGACGCUUAAGGUAAGGUGGGCUCCCCCAUCCUCUUCCUUGCUGUCCUGCUGCCACUUCUCCCAGAGGGAACUUCAUCUCUGAAGCACCUCCGUGAAGAUGCAUUUCCCGAGCCAGAGAAGGACCACUUAACAAAUUCGGAGCCUGCAGAGGGUGCAAUAGUCACU